AUUUGAUCAUUGCCUCCUCCGCGACUUUCUGCUCGGGCCGUGGAGAGAAGUUGGGAGUCUUUUUUGUGUUGUUGUGGGGGAUAGCUACCGAAUCAACCUUUUGUGUACACCUUUUCCCUCGGUCUUCGGCUGACUGGUCGUGGAGUGGAGUUUAGCCAUAGCCUGCUGGAUUGAAGUGAAGUUGUGCAAAAUUUUGUGCUCGUUCAGUUCAACUUGCAACUUUGUGUGCGAUUGUCGUUGCCGUAGUCUUCGUCGGUCGUUGUCUUGUAGUCUCGCGAUCGCUUUCUCGGAGUUACUCGGAUUACGGACAGAGCGGAGUUUUUUUUUUUCGGGGACAUUGUCUUGUCGAAGAUUUUCAGAUUGUGAGAAAAGGUUCCAGUUUUUUUUCGAAUACUCCAUCCAAAAGUUCAGCCAGUGAUCCGAUCCGGAGUGUUGGGCUGGUGGUGUACGGACAGAAAACCGUGUGGAAUCGCGGCUCAAGAGGGUCCGACGUGAAGAAACAGUGAAACGGCAAACAACUAGUCUUUUUCUUAUUUUUUUUCCUUUCUUUUGUGUGUGAGAAUUGAAAGUGGAUCAAAAGUAGCUCCCCAGAGCCAGCAAUCAAAAGCUCUAGUGUGGCCAUUAUAGUGCAGUGCGGUAGCCAGCAGCUGUUAAAAGCUGGUGAAAGAAGGUGGUGGUGUGCGUCAAAAGCGAAGCGAAUAUCGACUGCCCCCCGGAGAGAAAUUGGUGUGAGCGAGAGAGGGGCCUCUGUGAUCCCCCGCCAGGUCGGUAUUGAGGAUCGGCAACGUGCAAUUUUUAGUGGAAUUAAUGGUUGCCGGGAAAUCGAUGAUCCAAACCGCCCCGGUCCGAAACUGACGGAUAGCUUAGCUGGCCUAGCAUAGAUAGAUAGAGAGAGGAAAACAAGCACCACACGCAUCAAAAGCUUCAUCGACAUUAGUUUAUAGAUAAUAACACACCUUUCCCGACCACACCACCACGGCAAUCAUGUGCUCCCCAAACAAACCGUUAUCGAUAGCUGUUUGAUCAGCUCCGGUCGAUAGUGAGGCGACCUUAUCAGUUCAUAUCCAGGUCGUACGCUUCGAGGUUGUUUUCCAUCUGGCACCUCCGUAAAUCGAAGAUAAUCACGGCCAACCGUAAGCAUCCGUGAGCCUGAAGGCUGCCGACAACUGCCACCGUUGUCCUCGCCACCAAAUCGGUGCCGCCAACGGUCCUGAAAAGAAGGGGCGGACUUCGGUCAACCCGGAGGAUCUCCGAUUGCGCGCAAUGUCGGAAGGAUUCGCCGCUGGUUUGCAGCAGGACGACAUUCUUCAGCAGCAACAGCAGCAGAGCGGCGAGUGGUCUUCGUACACCAUCAUGGAUUCGUCCCGGGUGUCCACGUGUCUCAUCUCGAUGCUACUGAUCGUGUACGGAAGCUUCCGGAGUCUCAACAUGGAACAGGAACAGCGCGAGAAGGAGAAAAAGCGCCAAAGCGAGAGCAUGAACAACCUGAUCACCGGCGAACCGGUACAGCAGGAGCAAAAUAAAUUCGCAACGUUGGACACGAUGCACGCUCUCUGCCUACCGUUGGGAGCUUCGAUAUCAUUGUUGGUGAUGUUCUUCUUCUUCGAUUCUAUGCAAAUGCUCUUCGCCGUCUGUACAGCAAUCAUUGCCACCGUAGCGCUAGCGUUCCUCUUACUCCCCAUGUGUCAGUACAUCAUUCGGCCCUGCUCGGACGGAAACCGGAUAUCAUUUGGGGUGUGUGGACGCUUCACGGCCGCCGAGUUGUUCAGUUUUUCGUUGGCCGUUUCGAUCGUUUGCAUUUGGGUCCUGACGGGUCAUUGGCUGCUGAUGGACGCCAUGGGCAUGGGACUGUGUGUUGCAUUUAUAGCAUUCGUACGCUUACCAAGUCUGAAGGUGUCCACCCUGCUACUCACCGGACUGCUCAUCUACGACGUGUUUUGGGUGUUUUUCUCGUCGUACAUCUUCAGCACCAACGUUAUGGUUAAGGUGGCCACCCGGCCGGCAGACAAUCCCGUUGGAAUAGUUGCUCGCAAGCUGAACCUUGGGGGUAUUGUUAAGGAGCCACCCAAGUUGAACCUACCGGGGAAGCUGGUUUUCCCCAGUAUCCACAACAGCGGCCACUUCUCGAUGCUUGGCCUCGGCGAUAUCGUCAUGCCCGGGCUGCUGUUGUGCUUCGUGCUCCGUUACGACGCGUACAAGAAGUCCCAGUGUACGCAGACAGCGGAAGCCGGUGUUCCACCGCCGAGGGGAGUCGGCUCGAAGCUUACUUAUUUCCAUUGUUCCUUAUUAGGUUAUUUCCUCGGUUUAUUAACCGCCACCGUUAGCUCGGAAGUAUUCAAGGCAGCACAGCCCGCUCUGCUGUAUCUAGUUCCGUUCACAUUGCUACCUCUGCUGACGAUGGCGUAUUUGAAGGGUGAUUUGAGGCGGAUGUGGAGUGAACCGUUCAUCAUACAGCAAGCAUCCAAGCAGUUAGAAGUUUAAGCUGUAAUUAUCAUUUAUUUCCUGAUUGGAUAUAACACACGCAGACAUACAAUAAUUUUAAGGCUACGUUGAGUAGAAAUCCAGAAAUUAAAAAAAGAAACAUUACAAAAUCUAGAGACAAGCAACACAAGGAUUUUAGCAUUAAGAUUGUAUACAUAUAAGAGCAGCAUAAGAAAAACAAAACAUUUUUCUGAUAUGAAUGUAUUUAGUGAAACAAAAUGAUGAAGCAUGUGCACACAUGUGUUCAAAAAACACAUACACACACUAACACAAACCUAUGUUGCAUUCGUGGAAUCGCGCUGAAGUAUGAAAUGAACAAAUUAUCUAAUACUAUUCAUUCAAAUGAAUAUAGGACUCAUAUGCGAAUCAAAAGCAUAGUACAGCUAUAGUGUGUAGAAGAAGCCGACAGUACAUAUAACAAGUUUAUCAUUAGUAGUACCGUAAACCAUCUUCCGUUCAUAUUCACCCAUUGGCGAGAGUUGUUCUCGUGAUUAGUGCGAAAUUCAUCAGUUAGUAAGCGACAGUUCAACGUCAUCCUAGUUUUAAUAUCGUUUCUUAUUGAAAAUAGCUAGAUCCUCAUUAUGCCCAAGUACGUUUUCGAAUGCUGACGAACGAAAGAAAAACAAAAUGCUCUUAUAUCAUGUACAUUUGUGAACAGAAAUAAUCAUACAUCAAACGCCCAGUUAAGUCAAAUUAUUAGUGAGCUUAGAAUUGUGUAAAGGAAAUUCUGAUGGGAAAGACAUAUGUUCUGAAAAAAAAAAACUGUUGGGCGGUUAAAUCCACUGAGUAAACUCAAAUCAUCGUCACUCCCGUGCGUGCAUUAUCUGUGUUAUAAAUCUCAUUAUCAAACAAAAAGCAAGACAAAAUUUAGCGCAAUUCUGGUUACGAUGAAGCAAAAUUAACCCCAUCUUUGGAGCUGACAAUUCACAAACACACUCACAACACAUACGCGUUAUGAUAAAUGAAAGGAUAAAUAAAAAUGUGAUAAUUUUGUA